ACUUAUAAGCUUAUAAACAAACAGCGCAAGUCAGAGAAACACCUCCAGUCCAAAGAUACGUGACGCAACAGUCAGCUUUCCAAUCGGAGCUAUAAGUUACAACAUUGAACUAUUUCAAUAACGAUGGCUAUGGCGAUGAUGGAGAAGUGCAGAGCUAGUAAUCGCAUCUUUAGCCACUCCUUCAAAUCGCUUCUUAAUUAUCGAUCAAUCUCCGAUAAUUCCACUCUCCGCUCCUCUUCAGGCUUUGCGCAUCACUUCACUGGAAAUGGCCAACGCUGCAUACCAUUUUUCCCAUUUCAUAGGCCGGACUUGUUGACUUGUGCGAACUUCUAUAGGAAUUAUAAACAGACUCUCUGGCCUUCUUUGGAAAGAGGCCUUGGAGGAAUGAUGUACUCUCUUCAGUGUCGAUGUUUUGGCUCGGCUGGGACUAAAAUUCAGAGAAAUCCGUCGUUUGCGACCUUGAAUUCUGAUGAUAUAACUUAUUUUAAGGGUGUGUUGGGUGAGAAAAAUGUCGUUCAGGAUGAAGAUAGGUUGGAGUUUGUAAAUGCAGAUUGGAUGCAUAAAUACAAAGGUUCAAGCAGGCUGCUUCUUCUACCUACUACCACUGACGAGGUCUCUCAAAUUCUUAAAUAUUGUAAUUCUAGGCACCUGGCUGUUGUUCCGCAAGGUGGAAAUACUGGUCUUGUAGGUGGUAGUGUGCCAGUUUUUGAUGAGGUGAUUGUGAGUAUGAGCUCAAUGAAUAACGUUAUAGAUUUUGACGAGGUUAGUGGUAUACUUGUUUGUGAAGCUGGAUGCAUAUUGGAAAAUCUGAUAUCUUUCCUGGAUAACCAAGGAUUUAUUAUGCCACUGGACUUAGGUGCAAAAGGCAGCUGCCAAAUUGGUGGAAAUGUUUCAACUAAUGCUGGUGGUUUGCGCCUUAUCCGUUAUGGUUCGCUACAUGGGACUGUACUUGGUCUUGAGGCUGUUCUAGCAAACGGUAAUGUGCUUGACAUGCUUGGGACUUUACGUAAAGACAAUACUGGUUAUGACUUGAAGCAUUUGUUUAUAGGAAGUGAAGGGUCCUUGGGAAUUGUAACUAAGGUGUCCAUACUUACCCCUCCAAAGCUAUCGUCAGUGAAUAUAGCUUUUCUUGCAUGCAAAGAUUAUCUCAGCUGCCAGAGACUUCUUUUGGAAGCAAAGAGGAAACUUGGGGAGAUUCUGUCUGCUUUUGAAUUUUUGGACAGUGAGGCAAUGGAUUUGCAGGUCCUAAACCAUUUAGAAGGCAUUCGGAAUCCAUUGCCUCCCUCAAUGCACAACUUCUAUGUUCUGAUUGAGACAACAGGCAGUGAUGAAGCUUAUGACAAAGAGAAGCUUGAGGCAUUUCUACUUCGCUCAAUGGAAUCUGGUUUAAUUUCUGAUGGAGUUCUUGCACAAGACAUAAACCAAGCUUCAUCUUUUUGGCGUAUACGUGAGGGUAUACCAGAAGCAUUGAUGCGAGCAGGGCCUGUAUACAAAUAUGAUCUGUCAUUACCUGUUGAAAAUAUGUACAAUCUCGUUGAGGACAUGCGAGUAAGAUUAGCUGAAAAAGCCAAAGUAGUUGGAUAUGGGCAUCUGGGAGACGGCAAUUUGCAUCUUAAUAUUUCAGCCCCGCAAUAUGAUGAUAUGAUCCUGGCUAAAAUUGAACCCUAUGUCUACGAGUGGACAUCUAAACACCGGGGAAGUAUAAGUGCAGAGCAUGGCCUAGGACUUAUGAAAGCCAAUAAGAUUUUUUACAGCAAAUCACAUGAAACUGUGCAAGUGAUGGCUUCCAUCAAGAAGUUACUGGAUCCCAAUGGAAUACUUAACCCAUAUAAAGUUCUUCCACAUUCACUCACUUCUUACUAAUGAGGUAAUGAACUUGAACUACGGAUCCUUGUCCAUAUGGUUUCAAUGUACCCCACAAAUAAUUGCGAGAGUUACGCAAGAUGCAGCUGUAUUAAUGAUACUGCAAUCGCAAAAUCAUUCUUAAAUAAAUAAAGAAAAGAAAAGAAAGCUUUCUACUGGUGAUAUUUUGCAGAUUUUUUUUUUGUUUCCUUGUAAUAUUCACCUCUUUAAAUGCAGAUAAAAUUCUCUCGUAAGAUCGCGGAUACUAUUAUCAUGACAUAUUUUUCUUAUUCUCUUU